CCAGACGAUGUCCUCUGCCCGUGCACACUCCACCGAUGCCGACGACGAGCACAACGACGGCUCCCCUUCUGCUGCCGCAGUACAACCCUCCAUGACGAUGCACCCCGUCUCCUACCCCGGCAUGCCCAUGCAUAUGUACCCCUUUGCUCCCGGCAUGGUUCCCACCCACCCUCAGAUCAGGUCCAAGCGCAGGCAGGUCAAGAACGCCUGCACCAACUGCCAAAAGGCUUGCAAGAAGUGCGACGACGCUCGCCCCUGCCUCCGCUGCGUCAAGUACGGCAUCGGAGAAGAGUGUGUCGACUCUCAACGCAAGGAGAGGAAGAAAGGAAUCAAGCGGGGUCCUUACAAGAAGCGCGAUGGAAAGAACACUUCCCCAGACGAGCAACUGGAUGACCCAGUUCAGCAGGGGAUGCCGAUACAACCCGGCGCUCCUGCCCCAAGUCCAGGGCCCCCGGUGCCGUACAUGGGGCCCAUACCUUACCCAUCCGGCCCCUUCUAUCCCCCCUACCCCGUUCCACCUCCUAAACCGGGAGAGCCUUAUUAUCCCGGCUUCUACCUCACCCCUGUUCCACAUCCCCCCCCGAGCAAUGGUCAGGACCCGGAAAACGUGAACGUGGGCUAUCCGCCUCCUCACUCUCAGUUCUAUCCCACCACCUUCCUCGCCCCCUAUGCUCAGCACUAUCCCCCAGCCUAUAUGAUGCAGCGUCCAGACGGCCAGAUGCAGAUGCAACCCUCCCCUUAUGCAUACCCGCCGAUGUACGGUAAGCCGCCUUCCGCCGCCGGCCCUAGCAUGGACAACGGAGCCGGUGGCAUGCACAUGGGCGGCAGGCGAGAGGAUCAGCCGGACGGUGGCAGGGGAGACGGCCUGAUGGGGCUCGACAAGGCGGUCUGAUGGAGGUCCGGAGGUUUUGUAAUUGUAAAUGUAUUUCUGGUUGGUGCACUUUUUUUUGAAUAUGGUCUCGUGUAUGGAAUCACGCUUGCUUCGUUCUGCGUACAAAUGUCCUUGCUUAUACCGAAUGUGAUGUUAUCUUAGCCCGCUG